CUGUAGGGAACUUCAGUUGGAGGGGUAGUGUAUAAACAUAUAAAUUUACUUAUUUAUCGGUUUUUCUUUAUAAAAACAUUCUAAAAAAAAUUUUAUAACUGUAAAAGCAUACAUGUUUUUUAAAAUAACCUUAUUAUUGAGGGAAAACUGAAUUUAUAGCUGAGGAGGGCUGAUGGGAAGAGUGCUUUGGGGUCCAGAUUACUAGUUUAGCCAAGCUAUUAUGACCCUUGUUUUUGUAAGGAUUUGGUCGCCAUCUUUAGGUUAGAGGUUUAUUUUGUAAAUAAUCGGUUUGGCUUUUGUCAUAUCGGAGUUAUUAAAGAUGUAACAAGUUUAGUUAGUGAUGCGUUUUGACGCGGUAUUUUCAAUUUCUUAAAAAUUGUAAAGUAAAAACUUGAAACGUGAGUGUAGUGAAACUAUGUUCUCUGUUUUACAACUCCCCCAUACAACUGGUAUUAAUUACAGAAAAAGAUGAAGCCUGGGGGAGGACCGCCUGAGGCACAAACUAGCUUAGUAGUUCAACUAAAUCCAUAUGGGGCUGCCGGUGGUGGUGGCAGAGGGGCUAUCGUUCCACCGAGGAGCCAAGCCCGACACAAGCUACCGAUGUCCCCUACUGGGCCAAGGAUCCUCCCGGCCAGGAACAUCUCCGCUCUUGCUAGACCUCUACCAAAGCUCAUGUCAAGCCCUAAAAAGAAAACUGAAGAAGAAGAAAUUGAAGGAAUUGUAGAGAGGAGGCCGAAGUAUUAUAAACACCUUCCCUUAAACUAUCAGUAUGUUCUUCAAGAUCACAAUUAUUGUGCCCCAAUUCCUUCACCCACAUCGUUAAUCUCUCCGAAAAUAGCAGGGCCUACUCAUCCUAAUGGCAUUUCUCUGCCUAAUGGAAUUAGACAGCCACCUCUUGCUCCGCCUACACCCAUUUUUAGAACAGGUUACACGAGAGGUGUGACCCCUGAAGCGAGGAAUGUAAGUGUGAAGGAAGAAGAAUCUGAUAUAUCUUCAGAUGGUGAAAAUGCCACUGGUAACACAGAGGAUGGUGAAGAAACAGAGACAGCACCAGAAGAUGAAGAUUCUGUUACGAGAUGUAUAUGUGAGUUCCAGCAUGAUGAUGGCUAUAUGAUAUGCUGUGAUAAAUGCCUAGUUUGGCAACAUGUUGAUUGCAUGGGUAUUGAGAGAGGGAAUAUACCAGAAGAAUACAGGUGUGAAGAAUGUGAACCUAGGAAAGUUGACAAAGCACGGGCUAUAAGGCUUCAACUUUCUAAAAGAAGUCAAUUCAAUGAUUCCUCAGAUUCUCUCGAGUCCUCCUCGGCUAAUACCCCUCCUAGCAAGACUGGCCGUAAUAACUCCAACAAUGCAGGAAAUACUAAUGCACGGAAAAAUAGUACUACCACAAGGACAGUUGCCCGUAAAAGAGGAGAACGGGGGACUAAUAGUGUUGGAACAGCCAGUGGAAGUAGUGCUAGUGGAACUAAGUCUGGAAGAUGGAGAGCCAAUGCUGAAGCUAAAAGAGGGAAAUAUACUAAACCCACAGCCAAACUAAAGCCAAAAAAGACUCUCACUAAGAAAAGAGAGGCUCCUGCUGAAAAGAAAGAUGUUGCUGCCACCCCUGUUCCUGAGCUAAGAUCCCCUUCUCCGGGCGAAAAUAUUCACCAGUUAAGGCAAUGGAUUGACUCCUAUGAAGAAGCAGUUACAAAUCACUAUUCCCAAGAAUUACGAGCUAGGAUAUCUGCUAUCAAAGUGAAUGGCUUACAUUCAGAGUUACGUUUAGGUGGUUCAGUUUCUGCAACUCCUAAGUCUAAAGUUUCAUUGUUACCAUCUGGUCUUAAGAUACUUGUGACCACUGCCUUCAUUCCAUCAAAUCAAGCAAUUAUUGAAGUUCGUGGGAAAUAUAUGCUUGCAAAGGCGACUGUAACGCAAGGAAAUGGAAAACAGUUUAUUUUUCAUCAUCGUUUAAAUGGUCCUGGUUCUGAAGUUACUGAAGUCCAAGUGGAUGCUACGACGUAUGGAAAUGAUGCAAGGUUCAUCAGAUCUUCUUGCAGUCCUAAUGCUGAGAUACGCCAUUGUAUAGAAAAAGGCACCCUCCAUUUAUACAUCGUGAGUACUGUUUCUAUUGAGGCUAAAACAGAAAUAACUCUUCCUCAUCGACCUGGCAGCACAAAUUGUGCUUCUGGGGAUAAAUGCAGUCUCUCUUCCCAAUCCAUGAAUGAUAAAAGACGACGAGGCAGGCGACGAACCCUUUCAGAAAGUUCUACUUCUACGAAGUCAUCUUCAUUAAGCCUAAAUAACAAUAAUAAUAAUAAUAACAAUAUUACUAAAGAACCUGUGGGAGCAUCCAAAAGGCCAGCUCCUGCGCCGUUGUCCCCAGAACCAACUGUGAUUCAACCUAAGGCAUCGAAAACUAUUGUUAGUGCACCAUCACCUCCUUUAACAAGAGAAUCGUCUAAUACCAAAGCCACUAGAGGCCAAGUAAGUUCAAGGCGUGCCACAACACCUGCUGCCAAAAGUGAAGAAAGGAAAAGAAAUCCUGCAAUCAGUCCUCCGAAAAAACAUGAUGGCAAAUUGACAAGAGAAGAAAGGAAAAUGGAGGCUAUUAUGAAAGCAUUUGAAAGAUUAGAAAAAGAUGAACAGAGGAAACAGUUGACUUCUGGUACUGGAUCAGGAAGAGUCAGAAAGUCUUCAAGUUCUCUUUCACCUGUCAGAGAAAAACAUGAGAAACCGCAGAUGCGGAAAAAAUUCAGAGAAACAAGGUCUUCUAAAACACUGAGACCAAGAAGGAAUACUGUGUCUAAAACCCAUGGUUCUGGAUCUCAGCCAGUUAGAAGGACAACAAGAAGAAGAGCACAAUCUGAGGAAACUGACACAGAUGAAAGUGAAAGUGCUUCAGUCGGCGGAUCAGCUCCUAGUUCUCCUCGUACCCCUCCAAUUCCUGACAAUCCUGUAUAUGAAGCUGCUACUCCGAUUAAGGAUGAUAAUGCAGUUGUGCAUGAACCUGUCAACUCAAGUGAAUCUGAAUCAACACCUCCACCUGCAGUAUCUAACGCUUGCUUGUUAGUUGCUGCGGCUGUUGGUCCUUUAGCUCCAGGAUUUAAGUUUCCCAAGACAAAGAAGAAUCUACUUAAUUCGUGGUUUGGAUCUAAUGAACUGAAUAAUGAAGAGGUAACGCAACGCCCCGGAUUGGCUCCUUUAUUAGACUGUGCUAAGAAGAGAUGGCUGCGGCAGGCUAUAUCUGAGGAUUCUGAUUCUCCUAAGCAUGAAACAGGGGUAUCGUCACCUACCGAUUUGGCUGCUCCUCUUAAAAAGAGGCGGUUUGCCAGGGAAAGUAUGUCUUCUGAAAUGUCCUAUACGCCUCCUGCUACACCUCAGGCUGUAGAUUCUCAAAUUCAGAUCUAUGAAUAUGAUGACAACUCCAUGGAACCACAUGAAUCCAGUGGUGGAGUGACCCCUCAGCGUGACACUCUAAAUGAUUUUGAACAACAGCCUCUAGGAGGCCCGAAAACACCACCAUCAUCUAUUUCUGACACAUUACCUUCACCAUUACAACCACCUAACAAACCUCCUUCCCCGGAAAGUAGCGAAGAUGACAAAGAAAAGAACAGCUUUAAAAUGAAAGAAGAAGCUAAUAGAGUCAAAAGAAAGUUAUCCAUCUCUGAAUAUCGUGAACGGGUGAAAUCCAAUCCACCAGCCAAGUCAAUUAUUGAAGUAAAUCAGCCUUCACAAGAGACCCAGUCCACUAUACAAAUAACAACAUCAGUAGAAGAUAUCGAUGCUGACUCUGAGGACUUCCUCACAAACUCUAUUCUGUUUAAUGUUCCUGCCCCACCUAUUGACUCCACAUUUAAAAAAGGGCCUAUAGUUGGUGGUGCCGGGUUCAGUGCGGCCCCUACCCUUGUGGAACAGCAAAGAGAAGCAUUGACCGAGAGAUUAAGGCGGGAGUUCGGUCUCCUUAUUAGUGAUGAUGAAGAAGAUAAAAAUAAAAAGGGAAUUCCAGGAGCUGAGACAAUAGCAAUGAUUCCACCACCCUUGGUUGAAGUGAAGAAGAAAAGGAAACUACCGCCGCCGCCCCCUCCACCACCGCCGUUACCACCCUCUGGCCCUCUGCCUCCUCCUCCACCUCCAACGAAUGACUUCUUCUAUUACCAACGACCUCCGCCCCCAUCCAAGUUGCAUUGGACUACUUUAAAUUGAGCUAUAAACUUGGGAGGGAAAAAAAGAGGAAAUAAAUUCCUAUUUUCAAGGGAAAUAUUUGUAAAUAUAUUGUAAAGGUCGAGUGUAAUUAGUGGGUGGAGAUGAACUUAUAAUUUAAGUGGAUAAUGUUAAUAUCUUCAAUAUUGUAAAUCUUUUCUUUGCUAUCGUAAUAUUUUUGAAAUUGUUAUUUUAAUUUAUUCAUGAAAUUUAUAUGAUGUACAUUUGUUUUGUACAGGAUAUAGAUUGUACAUGAUAUAUUUUGUAAAGUGAAAACAUAUAAAUAUUUAUAUAUGUACAUACAUAUAUUAUAAAUACAUAAUUUAAAAUUUAUGUAAUUUAUCAGAGCCGGCUUUAAAAUACAUGUAAUGUAUUAAUUUAGGUUUUAAUGAGUGGCUAGCAUUUUAUAUACAUUUAACAAUAACAAUUAUGUUUUUAACCAAAAAUUUGUAGAACAUUAAGCGUUUAUUUUCAAUCAAAAAUACUUAAAUAGAAGAAAGGAGUCGUGAAUAUUUUGUUUAUUAUCUAUGUAAAAUUUGAUUUGUAUAAUAAUGUUUUGUAAAUAAAUAAUGUAAAUAAUAUAUAUAUAGAUUUACAUCUUUAUGAGGGGCGAGUAUUAGGAUCAAAGGCCAUUUGCUUCAAGCUAGCUUUUCUCUCCUACUUCCCACUCCUUAUUUGAUGGUAUCAAAUACAGUCAGUAUAUGUAGUGUGAGUCAAUAUUUUUAUGCCUUUACAUACUAUGUAUACUUGCUGUAUAUGAGUAAAUAAGUUAUAACUUCAAGUUCGAUUGAAUUUGUGAUUUAGUACAAAGCAAUUUAUGAUUUAAUUUUAGCCAUACUAAGUAAUAUUUAAAUUUUUUCUUUAAAAAAUACAUAUAUAUCUAUAUAUUAAUAUAUAAUAUUGUUUCUCAUUUAGCUUAAGAUAAAGAUAUAGAUAUAGAUAAACAAUAUUAUAGGUAGAAUGUGUGUAUAUGUGUUUUUAUAAAAACAUAUAUACACCUUCUUAUACAAGAAGAUUUUUUUAUUGGCGUAGGAUGUGAAUUUAAUAAAUUUAACAGAAUUAAAUAAGAAAAAAAAAAGAUAAAACGAAAAAAAAAAAAAGAAAAACCGGUGAGAGUUGGUUGCCUUUUAUGAGUGCAAUAUAAGGAUACCAUUUGGAAAUCAAGGUGCCAACUUUUUCGGAGUGAAACAGAUAUUUUAAAGUUAAAUCUUAGAAGAGUAUGAACUGGUGAUUUUUGAUCUUAUCAAAGAUCAUAUACUUUAUUAUUGUUAACUUAAUUAUAAGUAUUUUUGUUUAUUUUCUGUUAACGGAUGUGUUAAUACUCACCCCAGUGUCUGUUUAUAGGAUGAAGUUUCUGCUUUAUGAAUAAUGCUGUUUUUUUCUAUGUUUAAUUUAUUUCUUAUUUUUUUAAUUUUUACAUUUGAGACAAUGUGAUAUAUGAGGCAAGAGACAUCACGAUUUUGACAAAUGUCUAUAAGUACAAAUUUUGAACUUAUUUUUUUAUUAAAAAUUGAAACAAAAAAAAAAAUGGAAUCUCUUGCUUAGUAUGGUCUAGGUUGUGCACUAUGUUUUAAUAUGAAUAUUUGACAGUAUGUUUCAAUAUUAUGAUCUCUGUCCCUUCGGAUCAAUCUUGUUUAUUUCUAUGUUAAACGUAGUGAUUUUUCACAAUAACUCAUAUUAACUAUAAAAUUGUAUAUAAAUAAAUUUGAACUAAAUAUUAA